AUGAAAAACUGGAUUAUACUGCUGACUUUCAUCAUCAGCACAGCAGAAACUCAAACCCAGGAUAUAUGUACCCAAGGGUAUCCUGGCAUCCCUGGCAAUCCUGGGCACAAUGGCAUACCUGGACGUGAUGGACGUGACGGUACGAAAGGCGACAAGGGAGAUACAGGUGAAGCAGGACUUCCAGGAAGUCCAGGAAAAGAUGGUGCAGAUGGAGAGAAAGGCGAACGAGGAGCCAAUGGGACUGUUGAAGAGAAGGGGAACAAAGGAGAUAAAGGAGAAAGAGGCCGACCUGGGAAACUGGGACCAAAAGGAAUUAUAGGGUCAGUGGGUUACAAAGGUCAGAAGGGAGAGCUGGGACUGCCAGGACAAAAAGGUUUAAAAGGAGACAUUGGGCCCAUAGGUCCAAAAGGGACAAAGGGUGAGCUUGGCCAUCCUGGAAGAGUUGGUUUCCCAGGGCCAAUUGGCCCGCCUGGUAAUGUAGGUCCUAAAGGUGAAACUGGAGACAGAGGACCACAGGGUAGUCAAGGAAUUCAGGGGGAAAGAGGCUUGAAAGGAGACAGAGGAGAUAAAGGUAAUACAGGUGCUCCAGGAGUCCUGCCACGGAGUGCUUUCAGUGUUGGUCUUACAAUCACCACCAAAUUUCCUCCCCCGAAUCGCCCGAUCAAGUUUGACAAGGUGCUGUAUAACAGUCUAAAUGACUACAGCUCAGAUACUGGUAAAUUCACCUGUAAAUACCCUGGUGUUUACUACUUCACCUACCACAUCACUGUCUACUCAAGGAACGUCCGAGUAGCUCUAGUUAAAAACGGCAUCAAGAUGCUGCACACAGUGGACCGGUACCAGGGUGGAGAGGACCAGGCCUCAGGAGCUGCCAUCCUUGAGCUACAGGGAGGAGAUGAGGUGUGGCUGCAGGCUCACCAAGGAGAGUCUUUCAAUGGGUUGUUUGCAGAUGGUGAUGAUGACACCACCUUCUCUGGGUUCCUUCUGUUCAGCACCUCUGACCUGUUGGAGCCACUGCCAUCGCCUGCCAUGUAA